GAAUUCCUAGGGAUCACAAUUCCCUGAAUUCUUAAGUCCUGUUGGUUUUGAAUUCCCUGGAAAUUCUUGGUAUUCUUAAAUGACAGGAUUCUAAAUUCCCUGGAUUAUAAUGUUGUACGUAGUAAAUGAAGAGGGAGUUUUUAAUUAACUAUUCAAAUAACUCCUGUAUGUAAAUGCAAACCGAAAACAAAAUUGAAGCUAAGAACUGUCAAGUGCAUUAAAAUACAAUUUCCAAAUGGAAUAUGUUCUUUACACGGGCAACAUCAUCGAAUUGGUAUUGUUAGCUUUAUGACUAAGAUCUUGAAAUGCGUUACACGGGACUAGGGGAAAAGUUUUAUUCGCUUUAGUUGAAACGCGUUUCACGUCUGCCGUUCAAGAGGUUAUGACGUUAAAACCUUAUACGUCAUUUUUUAAAGCAGUGCAGAAAUUCCACUCGACUUGUGUGCGAUGUAUCGUGCGUGUCGUGCAGGGCAGCACAUUCCGCCUGGAGAGCAGGAGGCCGGGCCGGGCAGGUCCGCAGCUGGAGCGCGCUCCUGCGCCCGCCGGCUUCCGGUCUGCUGCGCUGGCAUCUGGCUCCGGGGGCCGACUGGGAGUCACGUGAGCCCCGAAACAUCUGCACUGGAGCUAAGCGCUUCAGCUGGGGAAGGGGGUGUGAUUAAAUAAAAAAAAUCACGGUAGGUGUGGCGCAAGCCUAGUGUUCUGCUCAUGUGUUAGGUUUCUCCAGAAACCAGCGACACCGUCUCAAGCAGCGCUGAGUGUGCUGCCUUGUUUGACUGCAGUGCCAUUAAUUGAAACCAGAUGUUGGGCACAGUAGUGUGGAGCCGCACAGCUGCGCGGGCUGGUCGCCCUCUGAAUGCGCUGGAGUAUGAAGGUUUGUGACCUCUCGCAGUGAGGCACAGCCUGUGCUGCCUUCCCCAAUGCUGCAGCCCUGCGGUCCGAGAGAGCCGGGGACUACACAGUCCGUUCAGGGGCCCUGAGACAGGAAGCAGGACUACAAAUGCAGAGAUGGCUCUGCGCAUUUGACUGUUUGGCUUUUAGGACCAAGGUCCUGCCUGUCAACAGGAGCCCUGUCAGACCAUAACUAAGGUGCGUCAAAACCUCUGCUAUAAACUCUCUCACCUGGCCACCAUGAAAGUCCGGCUGAAGGGAGAUGUGAUCUGCACAGUCUUCCUUCUCCUUCUGUUUGGCAUCGUCCUGUACUCCCAGUUUGACUUCACGGCAACCUGGGGAAUUUGGCACCCUGCGAAGACGAUGCCGAGCUCCAGGGCCCUGUUAGGCUCCCUGGCUGAAGGCCAGACAGCAGGCCAGGCUAGCCCUCCGCUUCCCGACAGACUGGAGUGCCAGCCCGCCGCAGAGGAGGAGAGGAGCACCGGCCCAACCGGGCCCGUGCUGCUCACCCGCCCUCCGUUUGACUUCCAGCUCUACUUGAGGAAUAAGGACUGCAGGGACUUCCAGCUGCUGCUCAACCAGCCCGGAAAGUGCUCCGGCCACCCCUUCCUGCUCAUUGCCGUCAAGACCCUGGCGGACGAGUUCGACAAGCGGCAGGUUGUCCGCCACACCUGGGGGAAGGAGGGCGUCUUGGGCGGGGCCGUGGUCAGGACCGUCUUCCUGCUGGGUGUCCCCAAGAACCGGACGGCCCUCCCGCUGUGGGAACGCCUGCUGCAGUACGAGAGCCGCGCGUUCCGAGACAUCCUGCUGUGGGACUUUGCGGACACCUUCUUCAACCUCACGCUGAAGGAGAUUCACUUCCUCAAGUGGGUGGAUGCCUUCUGCCCCAGCGUGAAGUUCAUCUUCAAGGGCGACGCGGACGUGUACGUCAACGUGGACAACAUCGUGGAGCUCCUGCGGGACACGGAGGCCACCCAGGAUGUCUUCAUCGGGGACAUUAUCUACCACGCCCAGCCCAUACGCUCCAAAACCAGCAAGUACUUCAUCCCCGAGAUCAUUUACGGCCAGGGUGUCUACCCAGCGUACGCCGGAGGAGGAGGCUUCGUCAUGUCUGGAUUCACGGCCCGGAGACUCUACAGGGCCUGCAAGGAGGUGGAGCUGUUCCCCAUCGACGACGUGUUCAUGGGGAUGUGCCUGCUGCGGAUCGGCCUGAAGCCGGAGCCCCACAGGGGCUUCCGCACGUUCGGCAUCGUGAAGCCCUCGGCCGCCCCCCACCUCCAAGUGUUCGACCCCUGCUUCUACAGGGACCUGAUGGUGGUCCACAGCCUCACUGUGCCGCAGAUCUGGCUCAUGUGGAACCUGCUGCACGACCCAGAGCUUCAGUGCAGCGCCAGGGUGGCUCCCAACAGGCCGUUCAGGUGGCAAAGGAAGAUGAGGACCCCCAGGCCAGGGGGCUCCACAUGAGGACACACAAUGCAGAAGGCCAGGGAACUCCAGCUUCUUCUAAUUGGUGAUCAGUUUUCAGUGGCAUGGCUGCAA